GUUCGCUUCUUCAACUCGCCGAACCUUCUGGCGAACUUCAGCGAGCACACGCGUACGCUGCGGCUCUACCCGCGACCCGUCGUCGCCUUCCAGGGAAACGCCUUCCUCAAGUCGAGACCGAAGCGGACGCCGUUCCUCACGCGGCUCGCGCGAACCCAGGCCGUCGAGUUCUACGCUGAGUGGUCGCUCGCCCCCACCAACGUCGCCUUCCACCGCGUGCACACGGGAGUCUAUGACCCGCUUCUGAUCGGCGACAAGCCGAAGUGGUACAGCCAGCAACUGAACGCUGUGUACUUCCAGGUGUUUGGGGAGCGAACUGCCUUAACUAGUGCCUUAAUGGAAGCUCAGUCCCUGGAGGAUGAGACAACAGUCCUCAACGACAACUACAGCGCCCCCUGCUGGCUGUGCGCGCGCCUGUGUUUCAGGAACCUGGGCAUGCUGCAGCUACACAACACGACCGUCGAGGCGUUACGAGCGACCGGCGAUGAGAAGAAUGCCGCCAUCUUGGAGCUGAUCGCCGCACGCCGCGCCGGACUCCUGCAUAAGUCCGAAUCUCAGGUUUCAGAGGCGAGCACAAUCGUGAGUCACGGCUCUGAGAGGGGCGCCAGUCCCUGCGACAGCGAACGUGCCAAGAUAUUCUCCCACAGCAUCCGGCCAUCGUCGGCACUCUCGGAUCCCGACUCGGAGUCUCUCGCUGGAGCGAUGCGGAAGCGGUCGUCGAGCGUGUUCAGCACGAAGAGCAACCAGACGGCGGGUUUCCGCUUCAACGCUGGCAGCCUCAUGGCGACAACGCCGAGUCCUGACACCGGACGUCACUACAUCUUCGAAGGCAUCAUCGACAAGGACCGGUCGGCGCUGUGGGACCAGAUGCAGUUCUGGGAGGAUGCGUUCUAUGAUGCUGUAGCGCAGGAGCGUGACAUCGUCGGCAUGGACCAGGGACCAGCUGAGAUGAUGGACAG